AUGGCCGAACAGCAAUCCGCGGCGGCGGCAUCAGCCCCUCUGCUCGGCAGCGCGCGGAACCACCCUACCGCAGAUGCAGGGACGUAUCACGACAGCCGUGAUGGCGGCCACACCCACGACAACUACUACGACAACGACGACGGCUACAACAUGGAGGAUGAGGGCGUCUCGACAUGGCGCCGCGCCUGCGCCCGCGCCUUGGCCUCGCGCCGCAAGCACUUUCUCGUCAUGGGCGUCGUCGCACUCGACGUCGCGACGCUGCUGGCCAACAUCUUUAUCCAGCUCAUCGCCUGCGAGACGCACCAGGCCGACGAGCCGUGGGUCGUGACGGUGACGACGACGCUCGAGGUGGUGGGCUUGGUAUUUAGCACUGCCUUUAUGCUUGAACUGCUGGCGUGCAUAUACGCCUUUGGAUGGAGAUACCUCUCGUCCAGGUUUCACCUUUUCGACUCCGCCAUCAUCGUCCUCAGCUUCCUGGUUGAUAUUAGCCUGCGCGGCCCAGCCGAGUCCAUUGGCUCCCUGCUCGUCGUCUUGCGUCUGUGGAGGCUCGCCAAAAUUUCCGAGGAGGUCGUCCUGGGCGCGACGGAGCGCAUGGAGAUGCUUGAGCACCACAUUGACGACAUCGAGGCCGAGAACAAGCAUCUCCGCGCCGCGGUAGCCAAGGCCCAAGAUCAAAGCCGUGAGACAAGGGCACGGCAUUCCUCUGUAAACUGA